CACAGAGGAAAGAGGGAAAGAGAAAGAAAGUGUCCAUUGCACCGGGUGGAUUUUUCCAGAGCACCGAUGUUGGAACACUCUUCUGAGCUGGCUCUGGUGCAGAGUUUGUAUGCCAACAGCAUGCGCUGUCCCCCCUCUGCGGCUGGGAUCUCUGUCAGGAAUGAGGACCUGCCUAUGAGCAAUGGCAGCAAGAUGAACGGGUCACUGGAGCAUUUGGACCAGCCGGACCCUGAUGCCAUCAAAAUGUUUGUUGGGCAGAUUCCACGCUCCUGGUCAGAAACUGAACUUAAAGAGCUUUUUGAGCCCUAUGGAGCGGUGCACCAGAUCAACAUCCUCCGUGAUCGCACUCAGAAUCCCCCUCAAAGCAAAGGAUGCUGUUUUGUAACUUUUUAUACAAGAAAAGCUGCACUGGAGGCCCAGAAUGCACUGCACAACAUAAAGACUUUAAGUGGGAUGCAUCAUCCUAUACAGAUGAAACCCGCUGACAGCGAGAAAACAAGUGCGGUAGAAGAUAGAAAACUGUUUAUCGGAAUGGUUUCAAAGAAAUAUGGCGAGAACGAGAUCAGAAUGAUGUUCUCGUCAUUUGGACAGAUCGAAGAGUGCAGAAUUCUCCGGGGACCAGAUGGUCAAAGCCGAGGCUGUGCGUUUGUCACAUUUGCUACCAGGGCAAUGGCACAGAAUGCAAUCAAAACCAUGCAUCACUCUCAGACUAUGGAGGGCUGCUCUUCACCUCUGGUGGCGAAGUUUGCCGACACACAGAGGGAUAAGGAGCAGCGGCGCCUGCAGCAGCAGCUAGUACAGCAGAUUCAGCAGCUCAACAGCGCCUCCACCUGGGGGAAUUUGGCUGGCCUGGGGGGCCUCACACCACAGUACCUGGCAUUGCUCCAGCAAGCUUCAUCUGCCAGUAACCAAGGCAGUUUCAAUGGUAUUCAGAGACUUGGAGCAGGUGUGAAUCCACUUCAGCUGCAAAACUUGGCUACAUUGGCUGCGGCUGCAGCUGCAGCCCAGAGUUCUGGCAGCCCGACUGCCGCCAGUGCUCUCUCUACAAACACUGGAGCUCUGGGAGCUCUGGCCAGUCCAGCUUGUUCAACAGCAGGCUCCAGUGCCAUGAACACCUUGGCGUCUCUGGGCACCCUGCAGGGUCUCUCUGGGACUUCUGUAGGUCUCAACAGCCUCAACGCUCUCACCAGCAGCGUCACUGGUAUGGGGGCCUUGAAUGGAGGCCUGGGAGCCUCCAUGGCCAACGGUUCAGCAGCCAGCUCCAUGGACGCUCUGACCCAGGCUUACUCAGGGAUGCAGCAGUACACAGCCUCCGCCCUGCCCUCACUCUACAGCCAGUCUGUCCUGCAGCAGCAGCUCGCUGGCAGUCAGAAGGAAGUAGGUCCAGAGGGCGCCAACCUAUUCAUUUAUCACCUGCCCCAGGAGUUUGGGGAUCAGGAUCUCCUGCAGAUGUUCAUGCCUUUCGGAAACAUGGUCUCUGCCAAAGUCUUCAUUGACAAACAGACCAAUCUGAGCAAGUGCUUUGGAUUCGUCAGCUAUGACAAUCCUGUGUCUGCACAGGCUGCCAUUCAGGCCAUGAAUGGUUUCCAGAUCGGAAUGAAGAGGCUGAAGGUUCAGCUGAAGCGCUCCAAAAACGACAGCAAACCCUACUGAUCCUAGCCCCGGGGCUUUCCCCCCUCCCCAGCUAUAAUGCUAGCACUGCUAGGGUAAGUUUGCCCUCCAGCCAAGGUCACCACAGCAGAGACUCAGUGGGGCAGGGGGAAAGGAGGCCACCACAGGAGGGGGAGACUUACCCUUUUACUAAAAAAAAAAAUUGUUGCAAUGAUCGUUCCACAUUUUAAUGUAUUUCAUUCCUGCGGUUUUCUCAUGUAAUUUGAGUCUGGUUGAAUAUUUUAAUGUGUAUGAUUAUUUAUGACUAUCACUGGAGUUGGUGUUUGCUGGAGGUAUUUUGUCACUGUAUUUAGUGGAGAGCAUCAGGUGUGUUUCCAUGCCAUUUCAUUGCCUUCAGGUCAUGUUAAGACAGGUUGACUAAGGAUCAGUUGUUGUGUUGAAGGGUCGAGGCCCAAGGCCACGUUAGACCCCAGAGCUUCGAUUUGUGUUUGGCUGUUUUACAUAAAGUCUCCGUCUCGUUUGUGUUGGGGUGUGUGUGUGUGUGUAUGUGAAAAUCUUUUUUCACUCUGAAUUUGUUAAGUCUCUGUUCCCCCAUCUGUCGCUCUUUGUCUCCCAUCUUCUGUCCAAUCAUGAUCAAGUCAUGUUGAGCUAGGCUACCUCUCUACUCCUCUAUUAACAACCUCUUCCAGUCAUUCCAUCCAUCCACCAAGUCCUCACAGAGGGCCUGGCUGUAGAUGGAUCUCUUUGGGUGCCAAGUGUACAGUUUGUGCAUGUCAGAGUCUCUGCCAUGUGUGUGGUGGUGUCGUCCCUUCUUUAAAAACCUGUGUAUUGUUUUUGUGCGUUGGUGGGGGUGGUCUCAGGGGAGGGGAGGAGGGUGUUUACAGCACUGUCCUUUUUACUGUAUGUGGUGACUGGCAUUGUUUUUGUUGUUUUUUGUGCCUCAUGGCUAAACGAUUCUUGUGCCGUGCCCCUAACUUUCUCUUCUCUCCUUUGUCUUCUCUCUCUCUCUCUUCCUUUCGUGUUUUUGUUCCUUUUUUAGAACAAAUCUCCAUGCCUGUUUGCUCAUCAUUAGCCUAGCAUGUCUUCAUGAUGUUGAAAGCCAAGCCAAACUCCUGGCCUCAUCAUCCCACCAUUGUCUGUGAUGUCUCUCUAAGCUCGUCUGACCAAUACCUGGCCACCCACUGACCCUUGACCUUAGCUCAACCUGAAAUUUUUUUUUCUGCAUGUAUUUUUUUUCUGUAUAGAAAUGUGAUAGGUGGGAGAGAGGUCAAACAAAUCAAUGUGAAAACUUACCUUUGUUGAAUUCAUUUAAAAGAAAAAAAACGUUUUGUUUUUGUGAAUGUUUUUUUUUUAAACAAAAACCUGUGGGAUUUCUUAUUUUAAUUUAGCUUUUUUCUCUUUUUGCUUUUGUUUUUUUAUGUUGCUUUACUUUUACCUCUCUCAGUAAACUUCACUUGAAAGUUGAAUACAGGGAUUGGCACACAGCUGUGCUAUUUGGUGCCAUUAGCAAUAUGUUGGCUUAUAUAUAUUAAAAAAAACAUGCUUCAGACCACUUUCCAACACUUCUGAAAGUCUGACCAGUAAAAAAAAAAACUCAGUGCUCUGUAAUCUCUACUUUUGCGGGCAGUGUGAAGAUUUACACCAAGGCUAUUUGAAAAUAUACUUUUUUUUUCUUUUCAUUUACAAAAAUAUCCAGUGUAUUUACUUUUUUUUAAACUAUUGAUGGCACAAUAACAGGUACAUUUGCUCUGUUUAGAGAAAUGACUACCUACAUGAGUCAACUUUUUUAGAACUGAUUCACAAAUAGACAAUCUGUGGUUUAAAUGCACACUUAGAUUACCUAUAUUUUAUACCAUUGAAUCUAUAGAAGUUUAACUAACAGAACCCAGGCAAAACGUUGGGUUUUUUGUAGAUUACGUUGUAAUGUCAUCUGUGUCUGGGGAUGGGGGUUCUUCAGUGUAUUACAUUUUUAAAGAGGACAGACCGGUGUGACCAUUUGAGGGUCAUUUCUAGUAGAUUAAAAACACUUUAAGACAAAUUUCCUCUGCAUUAAGUGUAAUUUCAACUUCUUGGGAAAAAGUACUUUUUUUUUUUUAAAGAAAUAGUCACAUUUUGAGUAUGUAGGCUAUUUUUUUUCCCUGCAUUUAAAGAAGAAAAAAAAAUUAUUGUUAAAUUUCAAGGUACGUCUUGUUGACUUUCUGUGAAUUUCUCAUUAAUAAUUUAAAGUAAUUGAUGUUUCACUCUUGGUUUAGUUUGGAUGCCUCAUGCUGAAAGAUGAUUUACAGUAUCUGUUAAUCAUGCAGAUGCCAGACAAUGCUUUCUUGUUUUCUCACUUUUUGUUGAAGUGCCCAUGUGUCAAAGUGUUUUUGAUUUCACACUUUUUCUUCCUGUAACGUAACCUGGUUUUCUUAAACACGCGUGCACGCUGCGACACAACACUCUGUCAUUGCAAAUGUGGGAGCCCCUGAAGGAAGAGAUCACUUGGACACAUGACACAACCUGUGGGUCUCUGCGCAGUUUUUAGACACACACAUACAAAACACGGUUGCUUUUUAAUUUAGCCAUUUCAUUUAAAUUUUUCUUUUUCCAUUGAUUGUUCUUUUGUGACUUCCCGUAUCACCUCUCAGUCAUACACAGCACGUUACUACCACUAAGUCAACCACAAUAGUGUUGAUUUACAAGUACAUUCCAUUUUUAUUUUAUUUGUUUCAGCACAAAGUUUACACUUUUAUCAGGGUGGCAUUUUGUCUGUUAAUAACAAUCCUGGUUUAAAAAAAAAAAAAAAACAAAACAAAAAAAACAACCACCACUUCACCCCCUUAAAGGGAAGGGUUCCCUAAAAUUGCGUACCUGAUGGCGCUUAAAAGUUGUCAACUCAGGGGUUUUUUGUGUGUGUGAGAAACGAGAUUACGACACAAAUGCACAAUUGUCACAUUUGACCUUUUUUCAGUUUGGUCAGUUUUGAUUUACUUUUAUUCUCGAAAUACUAAUAAGUUCCAAAAAGAAAAAAAAGUAAUAGAAAAGUACCAAAUUGAAAACAGUGCUUGAGGAAAGUGCAGUUUUGUAAGGAAACACUGAAGCACAUCUGUGGGAACUAUUCACUUUUCAGAAUGUUGUGUGUGACUGUGAUCCCAAAAAAAACUUCAAGGUACCACUGAUUUCACUUUUUAAUAUGGGCAUGUGCUUUUUACAGUGUGUUUUUCUAUCCAAAUGCAAUACAAUAUUCAAAGUGCCAUAUAUAUACGUCUAGAAACUGCCUAUACAUUCUUAUUAGGCCUUGGUUUAGAGAUUGCUGUAGUUUCGCCUUUUUUUUUGUUCAUUUAUGCCAGUGUCAUUAAAGCUCUUGUCACCUGCUCAUGUCCCCUUUCUAUUCCCCUCACUAUGUGUUGAGUUGCUGGUAAAUGUGUAUUGUGAUGUACUCAAUUUGAACAGCUGGUGUUAACAAAACAACAACAAAAAAAAAAAAAAAUACUUGUAGAUAAACAAUAAACUUCCCUAUACAUUUGAAGGUUGAGUGUGAACACCUGUAUUUUAGCACUGCGAUAUAAACAAGUGGUGAUCAGGUGGUGAUUUGGGAAAGGAAAAACAUUAACGGGAGCCACGUUAAGUGAUUGAGAUCAUGUGUUAAACACUGGAAUGGUUGCGGGUCUGUGGUGAUAUCUAUGGUGUAAGUUGGAGUGGUUCUUCUGAAUGAAUUUAAAGGGGGGAGGAAGCACAAUGUACAGUCCUUGGCAGUCCGGACAAGAAGUAGACUCACUUCAGGGGCUUCCAUUACAAAUCCUGUUCAAGCUCUAACAAUCACUUUUCUUCUGUUAUUUACAUAUUCUGAAGUGCUAUUUCUUUUUGACAGUGUGGUAGCUUUGCAUCUCUAUAGAUAUUGUCCUUUAUCCAAAAGAAGAUCGAAACAAAUCUUCCUGUGUUAUUUUCUUGUCUGAUAAUUGGUAAGACUUUGUUCAUGUUUCAACAAUAAUUUAAUAGAUGUCUUGUCUUGAUGAAAGCCAAAGUGGGUGCAUCUUGAUGUGAUCUGUAUCAUACAUACAGUAGUUUUUUUUUUUUCUCUCUCUGUUCAGUCGAUAUCAAUUUUUUUGAAACUGGGUGGGAUUUGAAAAAGAAAAAAAGAAAAAAAAAGACCUACACAGGCUUUCCGAUUUCUACAACUGGUUGUUAAUAUGUAUUUUGUACCAGUGAAGCUUUUUAUAUUGGAAAUUAAAGGAAAAAAAAAAAAUCUAUAUUGGAAAAAAAAUUGUCUGGCCUCUCAAUGUGGCCUCACCUUGACCAAGUCUUGUGUUUGGCCUCUUGGUGGUUUCAAGCAAUUUUUUUGUUUUUGUCUCUAAAAGAUGCCUGAUUUUGCUUUUACAUGGAUCUCUGCGUGUUCCUGGCUUCGUUGAUUGGUUUCAUUUUUGGUGGCGGGCGGGCGGGGGGAGGGUGGGAUCCAAUAAAUCGUGGUAGGUUUCAUGUUGGUAUUUGUGCUGUCCACAUAGUUUAAUGGUCAUCAGGAUUUUGACAACUUGUGUGGAUAAUUGUUAGUUGAAGAGUUAACUAUCUGUUUAGUUUGAGCCUUGCUUUUUACCUGUGUAGCGUUUUCUGUUUGGUUUUUUUUUUUUCCCCAUAGCGGAGUGUGUAGCUGAAAGACUCUGUGUUCUUUUUUGGUCAAUGUUUGUUCAUGUGUGGUGUGUUUCUUUGCCUUGGUCUCCAAAUUAAACCAUUUCCCCUAAUAUGGA